UACUUCCGACCCCCAAACAGUUGUUACGUUAACAACCGCAUAGAAAAAGUUUGUUUAUUAAUUAAAUUGUGUGAAUAUCAUCACGGCAUGACUUAAACUAGGUGUGUGCCUUAAAUUUCUUGGAUAUGUCGGCAGACUUAGCUCAGGAGACGGCCGGUGGGUCUAUGCAGCUUCAUGUGCAAGACUCGGUCCCCAAAUUUACCUUCCUCCAUGCGCUUGUUGCUGGGGGCGUGGCUGGCGUGGUAGUGGACAUUGCUCUAUUUCCAAUAGAUACUGUUAAGACGAGACUACAAAGCGAGCUGGGCUUUUGGCGGACGGGAGGAUUUCGGGGUAUUUAUAAAGGACUGGCUCCUGCGGCUGCCGGAAGUGCUCCCACUGCCGCUCUAUUCUUCUGCGCAUAUGAAUGUGGCAAGCAGCUUCUCAGUUCGGCUACGAAUACCAAAGAUUCUCCCUACGUCCACAUGGCGGCAGCCUCCACAGCCGAAGUGUUGGCUUGUUUAAUCCGGGUUCCCGUGGAGAUAGCCAAGCAACGAUCCCAAACACUAUUGGGCCAUAAGCAGCAACUGUCGGCCUUUCAAAUCCUGCUGCGAGCCUAUUGUACUGAAGGACUGCGUCGUGGCCUCUAUCGUGGUUUUGGCUCGACCAUAAUGAGAGAAAUACCCUUUAGCCUUAUACAGUUUCCCCUUUGGGAAUACUUCAAACUCCAAUGGACUCCAGUGACGGGCUACGAGUCCAGUCCACUCUCUGUGGCCCUUUGUGGGGCGGUUGCCGGUGGAAUAUCAGCGGGACUGACAACACCACUGGAUGUGGUCAAAACUCGCAUAAUGCUGGCCGAGAAAGAAAGUUUGAACCGAAGACGAAAUGCUCGAAGCAUUCUGCAUGGCAUUUAUAAAGAAAGGGGAUUCAGCGGUCUGUUUGCUGGUUUUGUGCCCAGAGUUCUUUGGAUCACCCUGGGCGGUGCAUUCUUCUUUGGCUUUUACGAUUUGACGACGCGACUUCUGGGCGCUACAAAUACUGAUAAAUAAAAUAGGUGUAUUUUCGAUGUAUAGUUUACAUGUAACAGAGGCACGUAGUUUUUUAUAGUAAGCCGAUGACAACCACCUGGAGCACAACGUGGACAAUAAAGUUUAUUCAUGUCUUGAACAA